ACACCAUUUGUUUACAUCGCCAUUUUCGAAUUUGGAUGCCGGGAAAUAGUAUAAUUAGACGCUCAUGAGAUGCAAGCACUACACUGACUGUACUUUGACCAGUUCACCGUCCGUUCUGUUCAUGAUCUAAUAUUACACUGAUUUAGUUGUCCUGUGUAUUUCGUCAACAUGGUACAUAAAGGCGAAUUUUAUAUGGGAUCUGGUCUGUUGCAGCCCCUCACCGUCAUUGGAUUGCCAUUAGAUCAGAUAAACUUCCUGGUGUGCCAACUGUUAGCCUUGUUCCUGGGGUACUACUUCAGAACAAUCUGGUCGCCGAAGCAGAUAGAUGUGGUGUAUCGACAUGCUUUGGAACUGGUGAUGGGCUUCAUCCUGACCUUUUUUUGCUUUGGAUAUCAGGUGAUCCACGUGGUCCUGAUGGGAUGGCUGUGCUAUGCUUUGUUUCUCCACGCUCCACGUGACAAAUUCCACGGGAUGGUAUUCAUCUUUAGUAUGGGAUAUCUCUGUGUCAUGCAUCUUUACCGUCAGUACUAUGAUUAUGGAGGAUAUUCACUAGAUAUAACUGGGCCUCUCAUGAUCCUUGUACAGAAAGUCACCAGCAUCGCUUUUGCAGUGCAUGAUGGGACCCAGAAAAAGGAUGAAGAUUUGAAUUCUGACCAAAAGAUUAUGAAAAUAGAAAAGAUUCCCUCUGUACUGGAGUAUUUCAGUUACGUCUUUAGCUUCCACAACAUAAUGGUGGGACCUCUGGUGUUUUACAAUGACUACAUCAAGUUCAUUGAGGGCAGGGAUGGCUCGUACGAAUCCCAGGAGAAAACCCCCACAGAACCACAGCCUGAGUCUGCCGUGAAGGAGAAACUGCUGACGGCAGCCAUAUGUGGAGUUGUCAUGGUAACUGCACCUGUGUUCUUUCCAAUUCGUUACAUGGCAGAUGACGAAUUCCUUUACCAGACAAACUGGCUGUACAGAAAUCUCUAUGUUCUCGUUUGUGUGUCCUUGGUCAGAGGAAAAUAUUAUUGUGCUUGGAAGCUAGGUGAAGCAGUGAAUAAUUCAGCCGGCUUAGGUUUUAAUGGUUAUGACACAAAAGGUCAGGCUCGAUGGGACCUCCUAAACAAUGUGAAAAUCUACGAAUUAGAGGUAUCAGAUAGUCUAAAAGUGAACAUAGACUGCUGGAAUAUAACAACUUUAGUUUGGCUCCGCCGUGUAAUCUACGAUCGUGUGCCCCAGAAGUACGGCACCGUAGCCACCUUCAUGGUCAGUGCUAUCUGGCACGGAUUCUAUCCCGGGUACUAUAUCUGCUUCACAGGGGCAGCUCUGUGUACUGUGGCAGCCAGAUUAAUGAGAAGAAACGUCAGGCCUCAUUUUCUUAAUUCUCCAGAGAAAAAGAGAUUGUAUGAUGCUGGGACCUUCUUCUUCACUCGCUUUACAAAUGUUUACCUGGCAUCCAAUCAUUGUUUGCUAGAAUUUGUACCUUGCUUAAUACUACUAUGGUCGCUGUUUUUCUGGAUACACCUGUGUGCAAUAGGGGUAAUCGUAUAUUUCACUUAUCUACAUCCAAAGAAAAAGACACCAAAGACAGAGAAGAUACAGUAGAGGACAUGUGGAGCGGCCACGUGGUUAGACUGAUGUUUGUUUCCAAGGUUACGGUAGUGGCGGGUGAAAUCUGUUGUGCCUGCUGGUGCUGUUAGAUAGGUCUGAUCACUUAGUGACAUAUGUUUUGAGUUUUCAAUCAAUGUUGUGAACAAUUGAAAAUAAUGUUUUGUUAUUUUAAAUUUAGUUUUAUUGUUUUUUUUCCUCUUGCUCUUUUUAUUUUCGUUUUGUUUCUUGUUUUGAGAUAGACAUAUGUGAUGAAUUUUUAGAAGGAAUUGAAGAGGGAUAUGGAAAAGGAAACCUUUGAUAUUCAUUCCCAAAGAUUGAACAGAUUAUUUCUGUUGUUAAUACCAAGAUGUGUAGUUUAGAUGAGUCUAAGGUACAUAGCAACAAACUGCAAUAUUUUGUACAUAAAUUACCUCAAUAUUAGUAUUUUUAGCUUUUCUGAUCACAUUUUGUCCGUCGUCCAUCUGUCUGUAAACUUUUCACAUUUUCAACUUCUUCUCCAGAACCACUGGGCCAAUUUCAACCAAAGUUGGCACAAAGCAUCCUUAGGUAAAGGGAAUUCUAAAUUGUUGAAAUAAAGGGUCAGGCCACCUUCCAAGGGGGAGAUGGCCACCUUCCAAGGGGAGAUAAUCAAGAAAAGGUAAAAAUAGGGUAGAGUCAUUAAAAAAUCUUCUUCUCAAAAACCACCGGGCCAGAAAAGAUGAAAUAUAUAGAUAAGCUUUAUUAGGUUGUGCAGAUUCUAAAUUGUUAAAACCAUGGCCCCCGGGGGUUGGAUGGGGCCACAAUAGGGGAUUAAAGUUUUACAUACAAAUAUAUAGGAAAAAUCUUUAAAAAUCUUCUUCUCAAGAACCACUGAGCCAGAAAAGCUGAGAUUUAUAUGAAAGCUUCCUGAUAUAGUGCAGAUUCUAAA